UGCUUGGUGGUGGUGGUGGUGGUGACACCCUAAAAAAAACACACAAAUUUCUGUUUGAUUUCUCACGCGUUCGGGCCCCACCACGCGCAUGCUCUCUCCUUCUCUCCUCUCUCUCUCUCUCUCUUUUCGUGUUAAUGUGUACCCGCACUCCCACACGCUUGUUCAGUUGACUUGACGAUACUUCUUUGCACCAUUCAAUGCACUGUAAAUUACGAUUUGAGUUGGAAUUUGGAAUGAACCCAAAACAAGUAUUAAAAAGCCUUGUAUAAACCAAAACACUUUUACGUCAUUCAAAAUGGAAAUGGCUUGCACCUGCUAUACAUGCUAGACCGCUGUUAUUGUCCGUUAUUUUUAUUUUAGUUCUUUCAGUUUCUAUCUCUCUGUCUCUCUCUCUCUCUCUUUACCCUCUUUUUUUUUACUUUACAAAUCCUUAAUUCAUAAAAAAAAAAGAAAAAAAAUGCCACGCAAUUUAGCCAAAAAAGCAGGCAAACAACAGACUCGAAUGGCAGCAUUAGACAAACUGGGUACACCAGCGUCGAGUCGUGCAGGAUCUGAAGACGAAGCUGACGAUUCCCUUUCUGAAAUCUCUGCUAUCUCUGCUGCUGCUGCUGCUGCUGACGAAGAAACACUUGUCGACGACCAACUACGCCACUGUGUGGAUGAUUUAGGUGAAAAACGUACUAGUGUACGAGAGGCAGCAUUGACCAAAUUGGAUCGUUUAUUGGCACGGUAUUACUGUGGAGAUUUUUUCGAAUCGAAUCCAUCCAGUCAAGAAGCCAUGUUACAGCUUCUGGUGAGAUCGCUUAGAAAACCAGGCAGUACUUUGGAAGCGAUUCUCGCAGCCAAGGGAAUUGGACUGGUGUUUAUCAAUGACGGGGAUGAGCAAGAAGAGCUGUUUGGCAUGGUAUUGUCACUGUUGAAGAAUACUAUCACGGAUGCAUUGGAUGUGCGGUUAAAACAUCAGUGCAUUGAAACACUUGCAUUGAUUACGUUGAUCGCCGCCUCAAAUGCGGAUACCAGAGGCGGCCUCGAUUAUUUCUUCAAAAUUCUAAUCUCGAAUGGUGAAAGCCUUCAACCCGAUGAAAAGCUAAAGCAAGGUGCUAUGGAUGAGCUUUUGUGCACCAGCUUACGUGCCUAUGGUCUCUUAUACGCGGCCCUGUUUGGUGACGGACGCGGAACCUGGGAGGAUGCAUGGGAUGAAUCGCAAGGAGUAAUGCCGGCUCAUAUAGACUUUUUGGAAUCUACAUCUAAAGAAAACCGCGUCGCUGCCGGAGAAAACGUUGCAUUGAUGUUCGAUUGUGUUCAGGUGUCGCACAAGCAUGCUCAAGAGAUGAGCGAGUUUGAAGUAGAAGACAAGCCAGAAUACGAAGAAAUAGACGAUUUGGUAGAUAUGCUCCAACGACUUUCUACAGACAGCAAUCGACGGGUCAACAAACAAGAUCGCAAAGAGCAAAAGAGUGCGUUCCGUGAUAUCAUACGUAGUGUGGAAGAAGGCAGUCGACCUAAGCAAAAACUCAAGAUUGGUGGCCAGAACAUGUUGUUCCGGGGCUGGGCCCGCAUCAUUAUGCUUGCAGCAUUCCGAAGCUUCUUAGGAGCAGGCCUUGCACAGCAUCUUCAAGAGAACGAGUUACUGGAAAAUGUAUUAGCGAGUGGGAUCAGCAAUGGUACUGCAUCAGAAGAUGAAGAGAGUGAGUCAGAAGAAGAAGAAGAGGCUGGUGAGGGAUUCGAGAUGGAAGAUGACAUGUCCUUGUCAAAGUCUGCAGCAAGUAAACGUGAGCGUGCUAGACGGCUCAAGAGGUCAAAGAAGUUAUAGUAAAAAAAAAAAAACUUGCGGCACGACAGUUAUUUUAUUGUUAUUAUUGUUAUUAGCACGAACUAUUAAUAUUAUUACAACGCUUAUUGUUUGAAUGCUUAAUCGUGUGGCAACAGCCUACUUGUAAACAUAUCAAAAAGAAGAGAGAGAAGCCGGACAUCAGGGCAAAUUUUGGGCUUUUUCAAGCCAAAUGCGAAAAACCUUACUUGGGGAGACAGCAUCAG